AAUUGUCUGAUUGCAUUGACACCUUCUUCUUCUUUUAAUUGUGCGCUAAUUUGUGAACAUAUCACACACACGGGAAAAACUCUGAGGCGUCUGUGUGCAAAAUUUCGCGUACAUCAACACUCACACACGAAUUUUUAAUGCAAACAUUUGUCUAAAUAAUCAAAUCAUUCCAGAUAUUUAAUGGUAAGACAAAGCUGAAAGUCGUCGCUUGAAACCACCUCUUGCGGAAUUCGAGCCAUUUCUCCAGCAAUCGCAUAGUGACAUCGCGUCCCACAACGAAACAGCACCAACAAAGCAAAACAACGAACACCAUAGCAAUAACAAUAUAUCAAGUACAAUUGAUGAGGAGAAAACUCAAUCAAGGAUGACAUACAAAACGGACGUUAUCGGCGAUAUCUUGGGUCCUAUCGGCAAAUGGCAACUAAAAGCAAUAUUUCUCAUCUAUCUCACGAAAAUUCCAUCGUCAUGGUUCAUGGCAUGUGUAAUUUUCACCGCUCCCGCUCCAGAACACGGAGAAGUUUACUGCAAGCCUUCCACUAGUUCAGUUGCGAUCGGUCCACACAAUCACACGGAUUGGAUUAAAAUUGCGCAUCCAAUGAUCGAAGAUCCGCACGACAAGGAAUUCAAAUUCGAUUACUGCAACGUGUACAACGAUGCUCACGAGCAUGCCGAGCUAUUUUUCAAUGACACGGGAAUGGAACAUCACAUUGAGCCGUGGCAGAAACCGCAUGCCGGCGACAACAUAAUCCCAUGCGAGAAUUUUGAAUAUCGACCGGAAUACGUUUCAGUGGUCACACAAUUUGAUUUGGUGUGUUCGAGAGACGUGAUGAUUGCGGUAACGCAAUUUUUCCAUCUGUUUGGCGUACUGUGGGGUGGAAUUAUUGCCACAAAACUCAUGGAAUUCAUAAGCCCGAAACGAUUAAUGCUUUUGGGAAUGUUUGCACAAAUAUUUAGUGGUUGUCUGACUGGUUUAGUGAACAAUUAUUGGCUGCAUGUCUUCUUCAGAUGUACUUCGGCUAUCUGUUGCGGGCAAAUGUACACCGGUGGCCAAGUAAUUUUUACUGACAUCACAUCCGGCAAGUACAAAACAUCGGCAAUCGCUCUAUUCGAACAAUUCUGGAGCAUCGGUCUCAUUUUGCUUCCCGGUGUCGCUUAUUACUGGAGUUCAUGGACAUAUCUUUACAUAGCGAUUUCAUGCCCGACUGUCAUUCUGAUUUAUCUUUAUCGUUGGAUCCCGGACUCGCCACGUUGGCUUCUCAAAAAUGGCAUGAUUGAAGAAGCUAAGGAAGUUUUAAUCGAAGCUGCUGAAUUCAAUGGCACUCCAGACCGGAUUCCAAAGGACUUGGAUGUCUUAUUACAAGCGGAAAUGGAAUGCGAGGCUCCACCACAACCCAGUUGGUUCUCAAUUUGGGAAAAUAAACGCACAACCAUCAAUUUAAUUUGUUGUCAUAUCGGAUGGUCCAUUUAUAUUAUGGUCUAUUAUGCGUGGUUGCUGAAUAUCCGGGUUUAUGGACGACAAUAUUUGGAAGUAAAUACAGUGGUUGCGGCAAUUUCCGAACUAAUAGGCGUCUUUUCCGGAUAUUACUUUAUCAUGUGCACAACUCGGAAAUGGAUGUGGACCAGUUUAUUCAAUAUGGUUGGCGGAUUAGUCGGUUAUUCGAUUUGGUUUUUGCCGCCAGAGAUUAAAGGUCCAGAAAAAGUCGCACUGCAAAUGUGCACAUCGAUGGUGGCUAAAAUUGCAGUUUCCAGCACUUUGUGCCUACUCACGACAUGUACACAGGAACUUGUGCCGCCAGAAAAACGAAAAGUUCUCGGAUAUUGGAGUACAGUGUGGGCACGAACUUGGCUACUCGGAGCUCCAUUUAUCGGAGCGUUAGGCUAUUUCUACGGGAAAUUUAUUCCACAAACGAUUCUCGCUACAAUGACCUUCAUGGGAGGCGUCAUUACGAGUUAUAUCGAGAUUCCACGCACACAUCCAAAGAAAUGCAAAACCAACGAGGCAAAAUAUCCGGCUGAGCUGAGUCCCGAAAUUUUUACGGUCAAGUUGUGACGGUUAAUGUGUAGGACGAAAUCCUACACCGUCACAGACCCCAAAACGAAUAACAUGAAGGGGAGUUUGUCUUUUCCUUGAUUAUUGCUAAACAAACGAAUUACUAUAUCGAAAAAAACCUAGUUGCUCAAUUCUAGUCUAUAUACUGUUAUGUACUGUUAUCAUGUGCAAUUGAUUAUAGCUUUAAGUUUUAAGUACAUUCCACAAUCAAAGUUUAUUUAUUUUUUGAGAUACUUAACUGCGAAACCUACGAAAGAAAUUGAAUUGUGAUCAAAGAAUGAGAAAAUAUUUACUAUAAUGAGAGCAAUUUACUUAUUGU